CGGAGAUCUCUAUAAAUACUUCAUAUCCUUGCCAAACUUGCUCUCCUUCAACACUCUUCGCAAUCAUUGACUUCUCCAAGUUGCUACACGUUCAUCAAUCAUCUUCAACAUGCCCCAGCUCAACGGCAAGGAAGUAGGCCCCAUCGGCCUCGGCCUCAUGGGCUUUACUUGGCGCGAGAAGCCAUGCUCUCAGGAGCAAGCUUUCGAGACUAUGCGCACUGCUUUGAAGAACGGAUGUACCUUCUGGAACGGUGGCGAAAUCUACGGGCCUCAACACUACAACAGCUUGGUCCUGCUGGAGAGGUACUUCGAGAAAUACCCAGAGGAUGCCGACAAGGUGGUCCUCAGCAUCAAGGGUGGCGUGGAUCUGAAGACUUUAAAGCCCGACGGCAGCCCCGAGGGCACUCGCCAGUCCCUCGACAACUGUUUGGCUCAGAUCAAAGGCCGCAAGAAGAUCGACUUGUUUGAGCACGCCCGUCGAGACCAGACAGUGGCCAUUGAGACCACUUUCAACACCAUCAAGAAGGAGUAUAUCGAGACCGGUAAGCUUGGCGGCAUCUCGCUUUCCGAAGUCCGGGCCGAGACCAUCCACGAGGCUGUCAAGCAUGGUAAGGUCGAGGCGGUGGAGGUUGAGCUUUCGCUGUUUGCCACCGAGCCUCUGGAGAACGGGGUUGCAGCUGCCUGCGCGCAGUAUGGCAUCCCGCUUGUUGCCUACUCGCCGAUUGGCAGGGGUAUGUUGACCGGCCAGAUCAAGAAGAUUGAGGAUCUUCCCGAGGACUCGAUGCUGCGCCACUACCCGCGCUUCCAACCGGGCAACUUUGACAUUAACCUGCAGCUGGUGCAUCAGGUGGAAGAGAUGGCGCAGAAGAAGGGCUGCACGCCGGCGCAGCUUGCCAUCAACUGGACGCGAGCUUUGUCCAGACGGCCUGGCAUGCCCACCAUCAUCCCCAUUCCCGGUGCCACGACGGUAGAGCGCGUCGAGGAGAACAGCAAGCUUGUGGAUCUCACGGAUGAGGAGAUGGCACAGCUUGAUGCUACCCUGGCCAAGUUUACGCCGGCGGGCGAUCGCUACCCUGCUCAUGUUCCCAUCAACACCUGAUUCCAGUGGUGCACAUAUACCUCAGAAUAGGGGCUUUGUUGUAUUUUAAAGGACUCAAUCUGAUGCGGGUGACAACAAAGGUUUGAGACUCAACCAAAGACUUCGGCACAAGGCCGGUGCUCGAGUGAGAACAUGAGUAGACAGUCCGACUGACCAGCAUCU